AUGUGUAACAGUUCCGAAGAUAGAACUCUCGGGCUAAAAAAACAAGGCACUGCCAGACACAUGGGAAAAUACCGACAUAGUCAAUACACGGCUCAAAAGACAAGGUAUGGAGUCGCGUUUGGUACGACAUUCUUCGGAAUCGGCCGAGACGCAGGCAUCAAUACAGAUCACGAAAGCGAACACGUCGCAAAGACAAGCUCGCUUACGACCAGCACGGCAAACUGCCCAGCCAGCAAGCCUGAACUCCGAUCGCUACCUGCCUCCUUUGCAGCAACUGCAUGGGCUGCCAAGUCAGCAGCUGCACCAUGCUCAAGAUCACCAGGAUCAGAUAGCGGUCCCUACCGAAGCCCAGCCGUCAACAGAUCACACAUUCUCAUCGACAACCUCGUUCCAUCUUUGGGACAGUGA